AUGGGAAACUGGAUCCUUGUCACUACGCGUAAGCUAAAAGUGGCAUCGAUUGUGGCUACGCAUCCUACUUAUGGAUUGGACAUAUUAUCAGAUGAUGAUUGUUGGUCCAUAUUCAAAGAAAAAGCAUUUGCAGGUGGAGAAGUACCAAAAGAAUUGGAAGAGCUAAGAAAUAACAUCACGAAAAGAUGUCAAGGUCUACCUCUGGCUGCAUGUGUAAUUGGAGGUUUACUACGUAUCAAGAGAAAAGAAGGGUGGCUACCAAUUAUAGAGAGUGGACUUCUGCACUUGAGUCAGAAUGAAAAUAGUAUCAUGCAGCUACUUAGGUUGAGCUUUGAUCAUUUGCCAACUGCAUCCGUUAAGAAGUGUUUUGCAUACUUAUCAAAUUUUGAAAAAGAUUUUGUUCUGGAUAAGCAACUGCUAAUCCAACUCUGGAUGGCAGAAGGUUUUCUUCAAGCAAGUGAUGAUGAUGAAUUAGAGGAUAUAGGCAACAGCCAUUACCACAUUUUAUUAGAAAGUUCAUUGUUGGAAGAAGUAAUAGACUAUGAAAACUGUUUGGAUGUCGAUGUCAGAUUUGGCAAAAUGCAUGAUUUCGUCUUUGAUCUUGCACGAUCAGUUUCAAGAUCUGACAGCGCAAGGGAGGACCAUUACCAGUCCAGGUACCUAGUAUUAAAUUCAUCUGGGGUAGAAGCAGAAGUAAACUUGAACGACAAAUUCACGUCAGUAAGUACGUUAGAUUGGCUUAAGAGUGUCAUGCCUGGUGACAUCCUUGCAAAAUUUAGGUACUUGCGCAUUCUGAGGUUGCUUGCGGUGACUAGUGAGGUGCUACCAAGCUCAAUUAGCAAGCUGAUUCAUUUGAGGUUGCUUGAAAUUUCAUACUCUAGAAUAAGAGCAUUGCCAGAGUCCAUUUGCAAGCUUUAUAAUUUGCAAACACUGAUAAUUCUUGAAUCUGGUGACCAGAGAAUUGGUAUGGAGCUUCCAAAGGGGAUGAGAAAUUUGAUUAACUUAAGACAUCUCAGCUUUUUUACUUUUGACAGUGAACUCCAAAUGCCUAAAGGGAUGGGACAAUUGACUUCCCUUCAAACACUACAGUUCUUCAAUGUCGGAAAGGGAGCUCAGCAGGCUGAUUUACUGAAAAAGCCUUAUGUGGAUGACUUGGGAUUCCAAUGGGGUAGUGGAAAUCGAGAAGAUGACAAUGAUGAAAAUGUGUUGGAAGGCCUCCAACCCCAUCCAAAUCUGCAUAGUUUACGCAUUAGAAAUUACAAUGGUGGCCGAUUUCCACAAUGGUUAAUGAACAUGGCAGUAUGCAUGAAUAGCAUGGAUGCAUCAUCAUCAACAAGACUAAACAAGUUGGUAAAGCUGAGAUUAAGAUAUUGCAAAAUGUGCACUGAAGUCCCCGCCCUUGGACUGUUGCCAUCUCUUCAAUUUCUCGAGUUGAAAGGCUUGGAGAACUUAAAAUGCAUUGGACCAUCAUUCUAUGGCAUUGCCGAUGAUUACUGUGGAUCAAGAAGCAGUAGAGGUAGUGGUGAAUGGUCAAGCAAUUUGUUUCCGGCUCUUAAAACUCUCAAGCUAGUAAAUAUGCCAAACCUAAUGGAGUGGUUGGGACUUGGGAGUAGAAGCAACACCAACAGGAGAUGGUAA